AUGGAUACCAGAGAUUUUGAAAAAGGCCUUGUGUCUACAUCAGCGCCCUCUGCAGUACCUUCGCGGGCUUCGUCUGCUCCUGACAAGGCCAUCGUCAACGAGCCCAGUGGGCACACACCUCUCGAGCUCUUCCAGCUGCUGGUCGGCAUAUCCACGCCACCAUCCCUCACUCGAGAUGGUGUUGAUCUCGGCAGAGCCCCCGAAGCAAGAUCGAGGCGACUUCGGUCGGAUAACAUUGGUCUCUAUCAGCGUGCCAAAGACCAGGAACGGGCAAGUAGACUAGCCUACCUCUGCACAAGCGUUAUCAGCAACACUUUGUACAUGUUUCAAAUCCUUCUCGCAGCAACGUUCACGGCACUGUCUGCGUACAAGAACUCGCAUCGUGUGACGUUGACUGUGCUGGGAGCCUUGAAUACUGUUUUGGCUGGUUGUCUAGCCUGGCAGAAAGGCCAAGGGGUGCCCCAACGAUAUCGCAAAGCCCAAGACCAGUAUCAGGCUUUGAUCCUCGAGAUCGAGAUGGCGGAGCGAACAUUCGUGGACCUCGAGUACAACGGUGGUCAAGGUGGCGGCGUCAAGCUCGAUCCACGAGCAGAAAAGGACCGGCUCCAGAAGCUAUUCGACACGGCAAGAGCUGAUCAGCAGGCAAAUGAUCCAGAUCUAUAUGUCAGCACGGGCACCGUCAGCGCCAAAGAUUCCAAAGAGCUGAAAAAGGAGCUGGAGGACGCAAAGGCGGAAACGGCCAAGGUGCAGAGUGAAAUGAUGGCCAAGAUCGAGGCGUUGAUGGCUAAGCUGGCGACCAAGGCCGAUGGUUCGGUUGAGGCUGCUGUUCAAAGUGCUGCCAAGGAGUAA